AGGCAUUCUGAUGGGCUGCUGUGGGAACUCAGCUACGAAGGCACUCAGAGCAGAGGCAGUGAAUUUGCUCAGCAGUAUCCCUGCCAGAGCGGCAGUCCUUUCCCAAACAAGGCAGAGCGCGUCUUUAGGCGCUCUGGGAAUUAACACCCGCAAGAUCCCCUUGAUUAGAAUAAUCAAGAUAAACUCCCCCUGGACUUUUAACUUUUAGAGCAAAAACAAUCCUAGUUAGUAGAGGUGGGACAUCUGUUAAGAAUGAUGGGAUUUAAACCUUUCUUCUUCAGCAAAAUUGUGGUUACUCUCCUUGUAAGCAGCAUCUGCGCGACCAAAAUAAAUGUCCCACGGCUGAGACUCUCCUACAAAGACCUGCUGUCCACCAACAGGUCCUCCCUCUUCAGUGGCCAUGAUGGCCAAUUGUCUCUCAGCGCUGUCUUUCUUGAUGAGUACCGAGAUCGGCUCUUCCUGGGGGGUAAAGAUGUCCUUUACUCUCUCCUACUGAGUCCCAUCAGCACUGAAUCCAAAGAGAUCUACUGGCCUCCAUUACCAGGAAACAGAGAAGACUGUAUUCAAACAGGGAAGGAACAGACGGAGUGUGCCAACUUUGUUCGCCUUCUGCAGCCGUACAAUCGUACUCACCUAUUGGUUUGUGGUACAGGUGCCUUCAUGCCCAUGUGUGCCUUUAUCUAUGUGGGCCACAGAGGAGAGCAUGUCUUCACCAUGAACCCCUUGAAUGUGGAGAGUGGACGAGGGAAGGUUCCACAUGACCCCAGCUUCCCAUUUGCAAGCACGUUUAGCGGUGGAGGGUUAUACACAGGGCUGACAGCGGAUUUUCUGGGAAGAGACUCUGUUAUUUUUAGGAGCAUGGGAGGUCGUACCACCAUGAGAACAGAGACUGACCAGAAACUUCUUCAUGACCCUCGGUUCAUCGCUGCCCACCUCAUCCCAGAUAAUGAUGAUAGGGAUGAUGACAAAGUCUAUUUCUUCUUUACUGAGUUGGCGUCAGAGCGGGGGGACAGGGAGGAGGCCAUCCAUUCACGAGUUGGACGAGUCUGUGCGAAUGAUGUUGGAGGACAAAGAGUUCUUGUCAAUAAGUGGAGCACGUUCAUAAAAGCCAGAUUGGUCUGUUCUGUACCUGGACCUCAUGGCAUCGACACGCACUUCGACCAGCUUGAGGAUGUUUUCCUGCUGCAGACCAAAGAUGUGAGAAACCCAGACAUCUAUGCAGUUUUCAGCACUAUCAGUAAUGUCUUCCAGGGUUUUGCUGUAUGUGUUUACCAUUUGGCUGACAUCAGGGAAGCUUUCAAUGGACCCUUUGCCCAUAAAGAGGGUCCUAACUACCAAUGGGGCGCCUAUGAAGGCAGGAUGCCUUAUCCAAGACCAGGAGUUUGUCCCAGUAAAAUAACCAACCAACCUGGCAAAGAGUUCGGGAGCACAAAGGACUUCCCAGACUCAGUGCUGCAGUUUGCCCGCAGCCACCCACUGAUGUGGCGAUCCGUGCUCCCAGCUCGUCGCCAGCCUGUGCUUGUGAAGGCCAACAUUCCCUACAAGCUGAAACAAAUCGUGGUUGACAGAGUUGAGGCAGAGGAUGGGCAGUAUGAUGUCAUGUUCAUUGGUACAGAUGUUGGCACAGUCUUGAAGGUCAUUUCACUCCAUAGUGGAAACAGUCUGGAGGCAGAGGAGGUCACAUUAGAGGAGCUACAAGUCUUUAAAGUACCAACCCCAAUUACAUCAAUGGAUAUAUCUGUUAAAAGGCAAGCCUUAUAUGUGGGCUCGCCAGCAGGAAUGGUACAGGUGAAGCUGCAUCGCUGUGAGACCUAUGGGAAAGCUUGUGCUGAGUGCUGCCUUGCCAGAGAUCCUUACUGUGCAUGGGAUGGAUCGUCCUGUGCACGAUUUGUCCCAAACAGCAAACGUCGCUUCCGCAGGCAGGAUGUCAAACACGGAAACGCUGUGCUACAGUGCGUGGAUCAGAAUGUUAGCGGAGACCUGGAUGUGACUGAAGAUAAAGUCGUAUAUGGAACAGAAAAAAACAGCACCUUUCUAGAAUGUAUCCCUCGCUCGCCGCAAGCUUCCAUCACCUGGCUUGUCCAACGCAACGACCGCAAGGAAGAGGUGAAACUGGAUGAUCGUGUUAUGUCAACAGAUCAGGGUCUGCUGUUUCGCCGCCUCUUUCGUCAGGAUGAAGGUGUGUACAUCUGCCGCUCUCGGGAGCAUGGCUUUACACAAAGCUUGGCCCGCAUCACCCUUCAGGUCCUCCAGGGGGACAGCGUGGAUGAGCUUAUAGCGCGGGACGGCCAAGGCAUAUCGGACAUGCUCAAAGACCGGUCUCCAGGAAGCCACAGACCCUGGAUGCCUUGCAGCACUUACAGCAGGGGUCAAAUCAGCCAGUCUCGCACAUGGUUCAAGGACAUCAUGCAGCUCAUUGGUCCAUCAAAUCUACCUCAUGUUGAGGAGUACUGUGAGAGAAUGUGGUGCAACGACAAGCUCCGGAGGAAACACAAGAGUAUGCUGGAGAAAUACCGCCAAGCACAGGAGAGUGCCAGGAAGGCACGCAGCAAGGGUUCUGGAGAACGCAACCGGACGCCACGAGAUCUGAGAGGACAGGAAGAGUAACAAAAGACAUUCUAAAUGUUAAUGGAUUGCAAUAAAGGUGGAAAAUAGAUCCAGCUUCUAAGCCUGGUUUAGGAUGGCUUUGGAAGCCAACGAGAAGACUGCUACAAUCAGUAAAAUUAUGAGAAUUUGGAGGAUUUUUUUUGUCCAAUAAAAUAAAUUGAAUGUUUAAAUUUUAAGGGAAAAACCAAGCAAAAUAUCUAAACUUAUUCAUUUGAGUAUUUGAUCGAGGCAUGCAAGGUUACGUGAAGGACUUGGACAUGGCUGUCAGUCGACUUAAACAUCAACAAGAUGCUUAUGUUCGAGUGAUCAGGUUGGUUUGUUUAUUGAGAUUUACCAAGCAUUGCUUUUCCCUGAGAAAAAUUAUUGUACAAAAUGUUUGUUUCAUUUGGGUACCAUCUUGUUUCAUGUGCUUCUAUCCUUUGUUGAUGUAUUUUGAUACAUCUCUUAAACACUCCUGCACCACUUUCACAUUAAUUUCACAUAAUCUAAUCACGGAGUCAGCUUUUCCAUAUAAUGAUCACAUCCUCCUCACACAUGAACUGAAUUUUCAGUCAACUGCAACACUGAAUGUAUAAUCUAAACUAACGCAAGCCUUCUGCGAAACGACUGCUGAUGGUUCAAUGGAUUAAAGACUUUUAUUGCUGUGGACUGAACCUUUCUUUGAACCACAGAUUAAGAUCAGAAACCUCAACAUACUGACUGAAAGAUGGAAAGUUCUCUGUUUCAAUUUUUUUGGGGGGUAAAAACUGUAAAAUCUCAGAACAUACACACAAAGACAAACUAUAGCUGAAGUUAGUGAACACUGUGGAUGUGCAGCCAAAAGCGGAUGUGACAAAUUCGACUCAGGACCUUCACAGAAGUACCCUGCUGCCUGGCACAGACAUGAUGGUCAAUUGCAACCUGUAGGUUGCAAUUGACCCUCAACUUUGGACCUGUCUUUGAUGCUUUACAAGGACACAGAUCAUAUGUAAGACCCAUAGACAGAGGUUUAAGACAGUCCGUUAUUUUACGUUUUUGAAGUGGUUGAUUAAGAAGGCCAUUGUUCAUUUGCAUUCAGCUACUUGAAUACUAGUGCUAUAUGUUUUGCAUCCAAUCUGAUCCAUUGUUUAGUUGGGUGUGACACAAAGCUUCCCAACUGAAUAUUGUGUCAUGUUGCUAUAUGGCAUUUCACAUUAGAGCCACUACUAUUUAAAUACCUUUAAGUUUUUAUACCCAAGGAUCACAAAAUAUCUCAUGAUAUUCACCACAAUAAUUUCAAUGCCAAACUCUUAGUAGUAUUUUUAAGCCUCUAGUAUCAUUAAUUUUUGUAUUUUGAAGCAUUUUAUGCAGAUAAUGUCUUCAUAAGAUUUUUUUCUUAACAAACUUUCACUCUAGAAAAGACUCGUAUAUAGGUAGAAAAACAAAUAACCUAUCCUUUUUCUUUUGAGACAAUACAAGAAAAAGUUACUGUCAUCAAAUGUAAUAGUCAGAUUUUUAUAUGCUUUCUAUCUUGUAAAUAACUAAUUGAAAGUUGUAUUUUUAAAUAUCAAAUUAGCUAAUUUCUUUAAUGUAUAUCUGUCAUUUAAAAAUUUUACUUUUGUUAUAACUUAAAGCGAAUACAUAGAUCCACAACUGUAAAGUACAUUUAGGUUUUAAGUGGAAUAGCAGACAUAGAAGAUAUAUUAAUUUGAUAGAUGGCUUGAGAAUGGAAAUAAUAAGCCUUCAAUUUGAUGAAAAAAGUGACUUGGAAAGGGAAGGUUAAACACUUACUUUAAACCAAUAAUAUUAUUUUUAGUUAAUGUCUUGUAAAAUUCUGAAAAUUUUCUUUUUAUUUUUGGCUCUCAUCAGCUACAGUUUGCAAAAAAUAAAUGUUUAUAUUGUUUACAGGAAAACGAGUAAAAAAGAAAGUUAGAUCUAUUCAACCUUUUAGGUAUGAGCCUUAAAAAAAAACAUUUGAUGGUUUCAUUAUUAUAAUACACAAAUUAAGGCAACAUGAAAUACAAGUAAAAAUUUACUUUGUUUAAUUAUUCAUAAAACUAUUUGCCCAAGCACAAAUCCCUGCAAAACUCCAUAGUAUAAAAGCAAAAAAUAUCAUGUUUAUGUAAAUAUAUGCAGAAUGCUGUACUAAUUAUGUGCAUGAUUUUUCAUUAUAAUAAUAUACUAUGUGAAAGGUUCAAUGAAGAACAAAGGACGAAGUUAAAAAGGUACUAUGUGCAUUUAAUUCAGCUGUAUUUAAAACUUCUAAAAUCUUAGAUUUUAUUAACCUGAAUAAUUUUCAGAAUAUCAAUUUAUAUUAAUAUCUGGUUAGUAGAAGUCAAAUAAUGUGCUAGCUUUAAGACUUUGUUUAAAAAAAUCGAUAUGAGCUUCAGUAGGUAUUCCUUAAAUUUUGUUUAAGUAUGUAUGAAAUCAGCAUUAACUUAGCUUGGCUUUGACACAGAACUUUUACAGUUACUGACAUUAAUAAACCCAUAUUUACAUUCGUAGAACAUUAAUCCUUUCAUUGCAGUUGGUUGAUGGUGUAAAACAAACUAUUUUUGUAUUCGGUCUUUACUUUGAUUUCGUUUCCCACCUUGCUGCAUAAAGUGUGGUAAUAUUUUAUUGUAAAUGUAGUGUAAUUUGAACACUUUCUUGACUCUGCAAGUGGUCUUAUUGCUUCACUGUUUAUAUGUGUGUGUGUGUUUGGCAGUUGACCUCCUCAUGCAUAGUCACAGUUAUUAAAUUACAUUUAUUUUUAAGUUUAAAACAAGCCAGUUUACUUUGGAGUUUUUUACUUUUAAGUUGAUGUAAUUCUACAGAGAAAACUAUUACAAAAGUCAGCAUUUAAAGUGAGUGUACCUGUAGUAAUAAAAAAAACCCAACUUUUUUCAUUGUUGUGUAACGACCUUUGUGAGGUGGUUGAUGGGUCUCAGAGGGAAUCUAAAUAUGUAUUUAUGUUUUAUUUAAGUGUAUUUUUACCAUGCAUUCUACCAACUUGCAUGAUGUUUAACACAAUUAAAGUUGAUUGUUUUUAAAUAAAAAGCUAACCCCU